AUGCUUGGUUUUGUGGGUUGUUUUUUGAUUUGGUACAAUAAGCAGUCAGUGUGCUGGGUUUGUUGCUUGGUUUUAUUAAGCCAUGGAUCAAGGGUGGAAAAGGUUACCCUUUUUAGUAGUCUUCCUGCUAUUUUGGAUGAAUGCUCCUGGUUAUGCAUAUUUAACUUAUCCAAAUGCUGGCCAAUGGUGGGGUCAGCCAUCUGACAACGCUUUCUUGCCUCUUGUGGUCCAGUCUUCUGUGCCAGAAUCCCCUGUGACUGGGGUUGUGCUUGAAGAAGUGGUCUCUAGUUUGCCAAAAAACAGACCCAAGUUUAAUCUACUUCAGGCUGUUAAAGGUGGUGUUUCCAGCAGUUCUGACUCUACACCCCAAGCUCUAUCUCCAAAUACCCCCUCUUCAGCUUCUCUGCCUGUGGAUCAAUCUGGUAUGAGUGGUUUAGUGUCACUUCAGGGUUCGUCUGGAUCAUCCACUUCAAGUGGUUCUGGACAACUUGUUUUUGCACAAGGGGAAGGUGGCAGCUUUGCAUUGAAGACUGGAGUUACUGGCCAGUCUACUAAUGAUCAGAGCUCCCCUAGUCCGUCUAGUUCAGCUUCACAAGGUACCACCUAUGGUGUAAUUACCCAGGCUCAAGGUGCAAGUCAGUCUGCUCCAGGAUCUUCAUCCCCAUAUACAACCAUAUCAUUGCCCAAAUAUGUUACUAGUCAGUUGAUAACUGGACCAAGUUCAAAGCAAUUUACCUCCGUCUAUGGCACCCAGACAGGAUCCUCUGCCCCUUUCACUUUGAAAGAAAGUACCACAUAUGGUGGACAAAUCCAGACUCAAGAUGCCACAAGUCAAUUAGUCAAGAUGCCACAAGUCAACUUCAACCCCAUACAUAUCUGUAUCAUCACCUCAAGUUGUGACUGGUCAACUGACACCUGUGCCAGGUUCAAAGCCGGUCACCUCUGUCUAUACAACCCAGACAGGAUCCUCCGCCCCUUUCAUUUUGCAAGAACUACUCCAGGGUCCAGAUUCAACAAAGCAGGUUGUUUAUGAAUCUUCAACCCCAUACGUAUCUGUAUCAUUGCCCCAAGUUGUUACUAGUCAAUUGACACCAGUGCCAGGUUCAAAGCAGGUUACAUCCAUGUAUACAACCCAGACAGGAUCCUCUGCCCCUUUCACUUUGCAAGAACUACUCCAGGGUCCAGAUUCAACAAAGCAGGUUGUUUAUGAAUCUUCAACCCCAUACGUAUCUGUAUCAUUGCCCCAAGUUGUUACUAGUCCGUUGACACCUGUACCAAGUUCAAAGCAGGUUACCUCUGUCUAUGGCACUCGGACUGGUUCUUCUGCUCCCUUCACUCUGCAAAGGUUACUCCAGGGUAAAGGUUCAACAAGCCAGGUUGUUUCAGUACCUUCAACCCCAUAUAUAGCUGUAUCAUUGCCCCAAGGUGUUACUAGUCUGUCAACACCUGUGUCAAGUUCAAAGCAGGUUACCUCUGUCUAUACCACCCAGACUGGACCCUCUGCCCCUUUCACUUUGCAAGAACUACUCCAGGGUCAAGAUGCCACAAGCCAGUUUGUUUCAGGAUCUUCAAGCCCAUAUGUAGCUGUAUCCCUGCCCCAAGUUGUUACUAGUCAGUCAGCUGUGCCCUGUUCAAAGCAGGUUACAUCUGUCUAUGGCACUCAGACUGGUUCUUCUGCUCCCUUCACUCUCCAAAGACUACUCCAGGGUAAAGGUUCAACAAGCCCACUUGUAUCCGUACCUUCAACCCCAUACAUAUCUGUAUCAUUGCCCCAAGGUGUUACUAGUCAGUCGAUGACAUUGCCUAGUUCUAAGCAGAUAACAUCCGUCUAUACCACCCAGACAGGAUCCUCUGCCCCUUUCACUUUUAAAGAAAGUGGCACAUAUGGGGGACAAAUCCAGACUCAAGAUGCCACUAGUAAAUUAGUUUUAGCAUCUUCAACCCCUUACGUAUCUGUAUCAUCACCCCAAGUUGUGACUAGUCAUUUGACACCUGUGCCAGGUUCAAAGCCGGUCACCUCUGUCUAUACAACCCAGACAGGAUCCUCUGUCCCUUUCCCUUUGCAAGGAGUACUCCAGGGUCAAGAUUCAACAAGCCAGGUUGUUUAUGGAUCUUCAACCCCAUACGUAUCCGUAACAUUGCCCCAAGAUGUUACUAGUCAGUUGACACCUGUGCCAAGUUCAAAGCAGGUUACUUCUGUCUAUACCACCCAAACAGGUUCUUCUGCCCCAUUCACUUUGCAAGGAGUACUCCAAGGUCAAGAUGCCACAAGCCAGUUUGUUUCGGGAUCUUUGAGCCCAUAUGUAGCUUUUUCCUUGCCCCAAGUUGUUACUAGCCAGUCAGCUGUGCCCAGUUCAAAGCAGAUUACCUCUGUCUAUGGCACUCGGACAGGUUCUUCUGCUCCUUACACUUUGCAAGGAAGCACAUAUGGUGGACCAAUCCAGCCACAAAAUGCCAAAGAUGUGUCUUCUACAGGAUCUUCAUCCUCUGUCCUCCUGACCUCAACUGGUGACAUUUCUAAUCCUUCCAGCAGCUUUUCUGCCCUAAAACGUUACUACUCUGUCAAGGAUUAGGAACUGUUUAACUGCUAUGUGACUCCAUGUUUCUAAGCUGUUUUCCAAUAAAAGUUUGAAGUCAA